CAGGGGUUUCACUAGGGGGCGCGCUUCUUCUCUCUCUCUCUCCCCCUCUCCCUCUCUUCCUCUCUCCUCCGGAUAAACCCUAGGGGGAAGAAUCGCGAUCUCUGCGGCGGCAAUGGAGGAUCCGUACCCUUCAGCGAGCAAGGAGCGCCGUGCGGCGGCGGAGGAGGAGCUCCGCCGCCUCGUCUCAGAGGAUAGCGGCGCUACUCCGACGAUGCUCCGCGUCGCGUGGCGGCACUCCGCGGAGCGCGCAGAUCCUUGCGGGGCGGUGAGGUCACCGGAUCAGCUGGAUAACGGCGCCGAUGACGGCGUCGAUGUCGCUAUUACGCUGCUGGAGCCGAUCGAGGAGCGGUUCCCUCUUCUUGCGGACCCUGAUAUACUGUAUCAGAUGCCUGUUCAGGACAAGUGUGAGCUAAUUGAGGAAGAUUGCCUGGCUGAUUCGGCCAAAGGUCCUGUAAAAUGCAGCAUUGAAGAUAACUUCUCUGAGUUAGAGACUUUCCAUGCUCAAGAAGAUCAAACACUAGAUAAAACGAGCAAGCAAAUACAACGAGUUCCUCAGCUGUCUGUGUCCCCUGAGCGGAAAAAGCCCAAGUCCAGUAAGUUCAACCUGCGUAAAAGUUUAGCUUGGGAUAGUGCAUUUUUCACAAGUGAAGGUGUUCUCAACACUGAGGAGUUGGCUAUUGUCAAUAGCACAUUCAGAAAAGCUGAAACAUUGGCUCUGCCUGAAAUUCCAGAAGAAACAAGGAUAUCAUCGGAGUCGAUUUUAGAUAUUGAUAACUGGGCUUUAGAGAACCCUAACCUCGAAGUAGAGCUGUUUGAGAAUGUCCGAGCUUCCAUCCAAAAGUCUCUUGGUAAAUCUGAUAAUGCUUCAAAUACUACAAGUUGCAGCUUGAAGAAAGAUCAGAGGGGGCUGGAUGCAUCACGACUAGCCUCGAGGGAGAAGGUCGACCGAUCUUCUCAGAAUAAGAUAAAGCUCCCUGUUGCGGUGAAACAACAUGGUCUUAGCAAGCAACAGCCACAAAACAUUUCUAAGAAGACUCAUGCUGUUUUGAAACUAGUCACUCAUGGAACCCUAGAUCCAGACGAAUCAUUAAAGCCAUCGAGAAUCUUGCCUAAAGCUACUCGGGUGAUGGUGCCAAGCAAAACAAGUGCUUCUGGGAACAGCCAGACAAAAAGUAGCGUUAUUAAUCGGCAACCCGUGAAUAAGACAGCGAAUGAUUCACGCAAAGUCACUCCUAAGUCUACUGUGCCACCAAAGUACAGUUCAGGUGUAGUUUCACGCAAUGCGGUAUUAUCAACAGCUGCUAGUACAACUCAGAGUACUAUACUCACUAGCUCAUCAGAUUCAAUAACUAGAUUUCCGUCAGAAAAUACAAAGAAAAAAACCACAGCAUCAAGGAAUACAGCUCAUCCUUCAUCAGGUACAGCCAAUAAGAAGACCCCCAGUAAGAAGACCCCUUUGAGGACAUCUAGCACUAAACUUGAGCUGAAAAGUCCAGGGAUCAAAAUUCCAAGUGUAUCGCCAAGCAGUUCUAUAGAUAGUGCGGCUUCAGUGUCUGCACUAUCAGUCUCGAGUGCUAUGACUUCAGUUUCUGCUUUAUCGGUUUCAAGUGCUAUCAAGUCCAGCGAUAGAACAGAGAGCCUCGAUUUUGGGUCUUCUUCACCACCUUCUUUCUUAGAGAAUAAUGGCCUCUCUUCGUUGGGUUUGCAAUCCACAAUAGACUUACCAGCCAUUCGUGGAAUUUCUGAGCCAGCACCUAAGGAUGUUUCCAUUCAUGGAAUUUCUGAACCAGCACCUAAGGAUGUUUCCAUUCAUGGAAUUUCCGAGCCAGCACCUAAGGAUGUUUUUCCGAGUAGCACUAAUGCUAGUUCCCAAGGAAGAAGAAGCUUUAAACCAACCGGACUUCGGAUGCCAAGACCCAAGAUUGGAUAUUUUGAAGCAGAGAAAUCUCUUGUACGCAACAUUGAUACAGUAGCUCCAGCUAGUCAACCGCCGAGUUUUGUUAAGAACACCUCUGGAGUGAGUAGAUCUAUCGAGGUAGAUACAGUUAAGCCCAACAAGAUCCAGUAUUCGAGAUCAGAUACGCAGAAAUCAACAGCAGCUUUGGAUAACGGCCACAUCCAAUCACUUCAUCAAAUGGUAGAGAACAGAACAAAGAGUUCACCUAAUGAAAAGGAGGGUUGUAUUGGAAAAGAGCGCAUGAUUGCGUUUCCGACCAAGAAGGAGAAUGUUCCUUCUGAUAAAAGUGAUGAUUUGAUCCGAGCCAUUCAGUGUGAAGAUCUCAAUAAUAAAGCAAUGGCAGUAGAACUCGUAAGAGAAAAAGUGUCUUCUCUUUCUCUUCUCGAGACGAAAGACCUAUAGCCGCGAAAUUUUCUCAUGGAAUUUUAAGGCUAUUCAUAAUCCAUUACUUAAAAACCAGAUUGGUGUUGAAUGAAUACAUUGUAAUCGAGCUUUGAUGUAUCUGAUUAUGCUGUCGAUAAAUGGGCUGAAAAACUAUUGGCUGUGAAAAUACUACUGCUGGGUUGGAGUUAUUGAAUCAACCAGUCUUGUU